GUUCUCCUGUGAUGUUAGGAUCAAUCCAGACUCUUUUUUAAAGAAAACAUAAUGAUUGCAUUACGAAAACAACAUUUCUCUCUACUUUCUCUCAGAUCCUCAGUGAGGAGCAUCGUGGAGACGCUCUGGUUGUGUUACUCUACCCCAACUCCUGUGAGUUUAGGUCACCUGUUUGCUCUACUCGCUCUCUGUCUCUCAAUGGCUGCCAUUACCGCCGCUCUACUAUUCCACUGGCUCACCGGUUUUCUUAAAUACGACGUUCAAACAGCAAAGGUUGCUGCUGGUAUCUACGCCACAUCUUCGUUCAUUUUGUCAUCUUUAAUCCAUCCGUUCCGAUGUGCCUUAACCCUGAUUUUCCCCACUCUGGGUACCAGCCAGGGCCGUAAACUACUGUUGUCCACAUCUGUGAUGAUUGUAAUCCUUUACGUCCUUCCCAACAUGGCCGCCAACAUCGCAACUCUAACUGACGUUGUGAAAUGUGCCUCAGAAAAGCUCUCUCAGAGUCUCUUAAGCAGCUCGGGACUCAUCAACACCAUCAAGGAUAAUAUAGUCAAAACGGCUGAGGACAGCAUAGACAUAAACACUAAUCUGGUGCAAAAACUGCAUAAUUUCGAUCACACUACAAAUAUCAAUGUUUCUGAAGUAAAGGAGAGGUUGCAUUUCAUGAGUAAACAAGUGCAGGAGGAUUUCUCGGAAAUUAAAAGUCAAGUCCAGGAUCUUAAACUGCUGGCCAGCAGGAUAUUUGCUGCACUUUUUGUUUUAUAUUUGUUUACAGAGUCUGUUAUUUACCUUCGAUCGUAUUUGACUUCUGUAAGAUUUGACAACACAUAUAUCACAGGCGGCCUUAGGACGAAAGCAGCGGUCAAAGGGAUUUCUGUUGAAGCGAAGGACCUGAAAAAUGGAGUUAACUCUACCAGCUUAAGAAUGACUAAAAGAGAACUUUGUAGAUGUAUAUUUCCCGCCCUGGUUAUCACUUCAUAUCUACUGAUGACAAUCUUUAUGAUUUUAUUGGAUUAUUUAUUGUAUUGCUUGGUGAAAGCAGGCGGUUCGUGGAUUUCAAACAUUCCAUCCACCAACAUCAGCAUCAGCGUCCAAUUCAAGGUUGGAUCUGAAAUGUACAUUUGUCAGAUUGUCUCAAACUGUCCGUUAGAAUGGUUCAAUUUGAAAAGAUCAUACACAGCCCUUAUUCAAACUCCAAGCUCGUGUGCGGCCCAUCCCAGCGAGCUGAACCCAAGUGCAGUGACGGCGCUGGUCUUCCUGUAUCUGUUCAGCUACACCCUACUGCUCCUGGAGGUCUACGCAAGACGUCUCAGGAGGAAAGUAGCUGCUUCUUUUUUCCAGCAACAGGAAGAGAGAAGGAUUGAAUUCCUUAUUAGGAAAAUUCAAACCAAGCACAAAGAAAGACAGAAUAAAGUUUUCUUUAUUACUCACCAGGAUAAGGAUACCAAAAACAGAUCUCGUAAAUGACCAGGGGAUACAAUAAACUGGUCAAAUCCAUUAUGUAAAUAAUGCACUUUAUAUUAGUACUGUUAGCUGUACUGCCAUAA